AUGGUAUUUAACAGAGAAGAGGCUGCGAGGGAGAAAAUGAGGGCUGGUGAUAUUGUACACAAGUUAUUGACGCGUUGCGUGAACUGUGGCCAUGGACAUACAUACUCGAGAGAAGGUAUGAACAGGUUUAUGCGCUGUACCGUUUGCCAGAAAUCUUACGUUGCGUGCAGCAAAGGGGAUGAACCUAGUAGUUCAACCAAAAGGCAGAGAGGAAGCGUUGAGGAACUCGUCAAAAAUGUUUCUGAGGUUGAUGGCUUUGGUGCUGCUGAGAGUGAGAGGACUAAAAGAGACAAGAGGAUGAAGCACAAGGCAGAGGAGGAUUACACUCAGCUCCAGAAAAGGAUGGAUGAAUUGGAAAAGCGUACAGAUGAGUACACGCUUAAGCAACACGAGGGAUUUAUGCAUGCAGAUAUUAAAAAGACAACGCAUGUGGUUAAGCCAGCUGAGUCCAGUGACUUCAUGAGGGUCAUGGCAGAUAACAAAGAAUUUCUCUCCGUUUUGAGAAACCAAACGAUCCGUCAAUCUAUUGAGGCCGCUAGAAGGCAAGCAGCUGAAAUCAUAGCUGGUUCUGAAAAACAGAAACAUCUUCCACAUGAGUUCAAGACAGUUCAAGACGCCUUACUUCGGAGACUUCAAAAUUUAGAGACGAAGGAAACGCAACGGCAACAGAGAAGGCAAGAGCUCGAAACGAUGGUUCUAAGAAUACAUGAAAUUCAAAACUUGCAGACAAAGAUUGCAAAACUUCAUCAUCAGCAACGUCUCAAGGAAACUCUCACUAUAAAAUUAGAGGAGGAGGAAUCUAAGCAGCUACCAAAAACCUCUAGUCUACUUGAUCUCAUAGGUUUAACGAAGCAGGUUGAGGAACAAAAGAUUGAGUUGGAAUCAAUAAAGGAACAGGUAGCAUCUACAAACCGAAAACUGGACAUGCAACAAGAAAGACUCAACACUGUUAAUAAUAAUGUAAGAUGGGUAGAGGAUAGAAUCCUCGACGAAGAGGCCACGCAAAGGGAGGUUAAAGAAACCUAUGACAGAAGAAAACUUGACCUGGCCCGGAUUAAAGCGGAACUGGAUUACGAGAAGCGUGAAUCAGCACAACUACAAAGGAAAAUCAGUGACGACGUCAUUGAAAUCCGCCAGGCCAACAAGUCAAUCGCCACUACUAGUUCAAGAUUCUGA